AAACAUUUCUUCAAUGAAGUGUUUAUUAUGUUUUUCCCGAACUGUAACUUCGUCAAUGUUAUUUUUUAACGCGCAAGUGUUUGUGAUUUAUGUUUACCGCUAAUUCCUUUUUUUCUUUUUUUUUUUCCCAUUUUUUUUCUUUUUUCGUUCCUUUUUUUUUCCUAUUUUUUUUCUUUUUUUUUGUUUCUUUUUUUGUUCUUUUUUUUUCCUUUUCUUUUUUCUCUUCCGUUAUUUAGAACAUUCCUGCCCCCAACCCCGCAAUGCAUGUAAACGCAGAAUGAACAUGUACGCAAAUAAAUUUGCCGCAAUAUCGAAUUGCUAAUCCUACGUGUACCUCUCCUUAUACGUUUACGUUAAAAUCGCCUUUGUAUGGAUUCGGACUUGAAGGGAACUUGUUCUUUCUCGCAACAGUCGAUUGAGUACGCACGUUUCUUCGAUUGGCAAAAUGGAUUGCUUAAUAAAGAAGGUCAAACAGGUGUUUCAGCACUCCAUCCAGAAGUGCUUCCCCACAAUUAAUGAAGAAGUAGUGGUUACCUACGCCAACGCGAAAUUCGGCCACUUUCAAUGUAACAACGCCUUGAACAUUUUCAAAAAGCACGGAAAAGAAUUGAACGUGGAAAAUGCACAGAAGCUCUCGCAACUGAUAAUAGAAAACAUCAGCGAGAAUUUCUUCGAGGAAAUUAAAUCAUCUCCCCAAGGUUUCAUAACGGUCAAAUUGUCCAAGGAGUACAUAGAAAAGUCGCUACUAAAAUUGUAUAAAAAUAACAAAAUUGAAAUAAGUGUGAAUAUAAAUGAAGUGAAAAGUGGAAACGAUGAAGAGUAUAAAAAAGUGUUGGUCGAUUUCUCUUCCCCAAAUAUUGCCAAAGAAAUGCAUGUUGGACAUUUAAGAUCAACCAUAUUAGGAGACAGCAUAUGUAAAAUUUUCGAAUUCCUAAAUGUGGAAACGGUUAGGGUAAAUCAUAUUGGUGACUGGGGUACACAAUUUGGAAUGAUCAUAAAUUAUAUAGUGAGCAAUUACCCCAAUUUUAAGGAAAACAUGCCAGAGUUAACCAAUUUGACGAGCUUAUACCAAGAGGCUAAAAAACUGUAUGACGCAGAUAAGGAAUUCGAAAAAAACUCCAAAAGUUAUGCUAUAAAAUUGCAAAAUAAUGAUGAAGAUUGCUUAAUCAUUUGGAAGAAAAUCUGCGAAAGUAGCAAAAAAGAAUUCGAUAAAAUAUAUAAAAUAUUAGACAUCAAUUUAGAGUAUGUUGGAGAAUCACACUACAUCAGUAUGAUUCCCCCAGUUUUGAAAAUAUUAAAGGAUCAACAAUUGUUGACAAAUGUUGGAGACGCUAUCUGUUAUCAGUCGGAAAAUUUUAAGGUCCCAUUAUUUUUACAAAAGUCCAAUGGUGGAUAUGGCUACGAUUCUACAGAUGUUGCUGCUAUACAUUAUAGGUUGAAAGAAGUAAAUGCAGAUUGUGUUAUUUACGUUACGGAUAAUGGACAGUUAUCUCAUUUUGAAAGCAUUUUUGAGGUAGCCAGGAAGGCAAAAUGGGCAAGUGAAAAAACCAAGUUAAUUCACGUUGGCUUUGGUCUUGUCCUAAAUGCAGAUAGUAAUAAAAAAUUCAAAACGAGAAGUGGAACCACCAUAAAACUCAUUAAUCUGAUCAAUGAGGGGACGGAGCGAGCCAAGAAGGACCUCCUCGAAAGGAUUGAGUUGAAGGGCGAAGAGGAAAAGAACUACUUUAAAGGUGUAGACAUAGAUAAGCUGAGCGAAGAGCUGUGUGUCAGUGCCAUCAAGUAUUUCGACAUCAAGCAGAACAGAAACACGGAUUACAAGUUUUCGUAUGAUAAUAUGCUCAACGUGAAAGGAAACACGGGACUGUACAUUAUAUACGCCUACUCAAGAAUGUGCUCCAUUUUUAGAAAGUGCAACAUAGAUAUGGACGAACUGUCGAAAGACGAGCUGAAUCUAGUUAGCCCCUACGAAGUGAACCUAGGAUUGCACAUUUUAAAAUUCCCCGACGUCUUUUAUUUUGUUUUAAAAAAUAUGUUAAUUCACAAAUUGGCUGAGUACACCUACGACUUAACGACCAUAUUCACGGCGUUCUACGAAAACUGCAAAGUUCUAAACAGCGAAAACGAGAAAUCGAGACUAAUUCUGUGUGCCAUAUCGAAGUCAUUAUUAAAGAUUUGUCUGGAACUACUUGGCUUGAAAGCCAUAGAAAGAUUGUGA